UCCUUUCACUCCUUAACAACUCCACGACAUUCUCCUCUCUCAAAAUUAGCAAAGCUCAAAUUUAACAUCUUAUGAGUCUAUUUUUUGGUGAACAAAUGGCUAAGGACACUGAAGUUGGCACAGAAUACGCCCCAAAAGACUACCAAGACCCACCCCCUGCACCCUUAAUUGACCCUGAGGAGCUAGGAAAAUGGUCAUUUUACAGAGCCAUAAUAGCUGAAUUCAUAGCCACUUUAUUAUUUCUCUACAUUACUGUCCUCACUGUGAUUGGAUACAAGAGCCAAAUUGACCCUGACCAUAACGGUGAACAAUGUGGUGGUGUUGGAAUUCUUGGAAUUGCAUGGGCAUUUGGGGGCAUGAUUUUUGUCCUUGUUUAUUGUACUGCUGGUAUUUCUGGUGGACAUAUUAACCCUGCUGUUACAUUUGGACUAUUCUUGGCUAGGAAAGUGUCGUUGGUUCGCGCAAUUAUGUAUAUGUUGGCUCAGUGUUUAGGAGCCAUCUGUGGUUGUGGUUUGGUGAAGGCAUUUCAGAAGGCGUACUAUGUUAAGUAUGGUGGUGGUGCUAAUACGUUGAAUGAUGGUUAUAGUACAGGUACCGGUUUGGGUGCUGAAAUUAUUGGCACAUUUGUUCUUGUUUACACUGUUUUUGCUGCUACUGAUCCUAAGAGAAAUGCUAGAGACUCUCAUGUUCCUGUGUUGGCACCACUUCCAAUUGGAUUUGCUGUGUUUAUGGUUCAUUUGGCUACAAUUCCUGUAACUGGAACUGGUAUUAACCCAGCUAGAAGUUUUGGAGCUGCUGUUAUUUAUGGUAAAGAAAAAGCAUGGGAUGACCAAUGGAUAUUUUGGGUUGGACCUUUCAUUGGAGCUGCAAUUGCUGCAUUUUACCAUCAAUUCAUAUUGAGGGCUGGAGCAGUCAAAGCACUUGGUUCAUUCAGGAGCAAUGCCUAAUUAAUCACGAGAAUCUGCAAUUGUAUAUUUGAGAAAAGUCUCUCUAAAUUAUGCUUUUCAUUUAGUAGAGUGGUCUUGGUUGUUUGGCACUUUUUUUAAAAUGUGCCAAAUAUUUGUCAGUGCUGCUUUUCUUCUUGUUUCCCUUGCUUGUUUUUUGUUUGUGUAUGUAAUUUUUCUUAUGCUUGUUUAAGAUGCAAAAUAAUGGAAUGUGUAAGACUAUUAUAUUUAACUCUUCUUCUUCACCAAAUUAAUAUACAAAAUAGCAUUUUGUUCA